UUUCUCCCCCGAAAGACUUCAUUACCCAUAUUGCAUUGCUAUGUAGCCGCAAAUGUACUUGAUCCAACAUGUCAGCCCCAGUUGGAACGAUGGUUGAAGACUCAAGCAGUGAAGAUGAAGAUCUGGAAAAGUUUAAGGAAGCAGCUUGGAGUUUUGGCACGUAUGGAAUUGAUGGUACACACAAUACCAACACGGCAGAUGGGGAAAGCAAUGGGAAGUUAUCCCGUCGUGUGGCUGUAUCUAAACAUGAACAUGAUGGGAACGAGCUUCAGACGACUCCGGAGUUCCGUGCGCACGUUGCAAAGAAAUUAGGUGCUAUACUUGACAGUUGCAUUUCAGUGAUAUCUGCAGAAACAACAAAACCCUGCACACAGUCAACCAAAUAUGAAGGUUUCCGGCUGUUCACUACAUCUGUCCCAGGAGAGUUUACCAUUGAUCCCCCUCCUCCCCCUGUAAGGCGUCGGCCCGUCCCCAGCUCAAGUGACAGUGACAGUGAGCUGGAGAUGAGACUGAGAGAGGCGGCCGUGUCAGUUACAGACCUCCUAUCAUCUGCUCUCCCCAGCGCAGUUACACCUUCCCUGCCAGAGUCCCUCAGCUCAGAUAAAUUGAAGAAGAAGAAGAAGAAGAAAUACAAGGUUCAGGAAGGAGAGCACAGUAAUAACAGCCCUGUCCCAGAGAAAAAUAAGAAAAUGACAGCUCCUCGCGAGGUUGAGAACUGUGGAGAAGCCUUAUCUUAUGCUAAAAUGGAGGAGGACCACAAGAGCCCCGAGGAGGAUAGUCUACCGCUGAAGGUCAAGAAGAAGAAAAAGAAACAAAAAGGCACAGAUGAAAGGGUGGAAGAGGAAGUAGAAAAGCACUGAGAGACUUCUGGACUCACUUGUUGUGAUUUGGGAUAUUGGCAGUUCCAUGCUUGUAAGAACUGUUAACCUGUUGUAGCUUGGGGUUCUUAGCAUUCAUUAUAACAUGUUCAGGUCAUACACGGUUAUUUUCUUUAAAUAAUCACUGCAAUGUUGUACUACUUUGUAGUUUGUUAUUUUCUGGAAUGGAAUAUGUUCUUUCAGAAAUGUGGAAUACUGUAAGUCUCACCAGAUAUUUUAUGACAUUUUUUUUCUCUGCCCAGAACACAAUCAGUGCUAUGCCUUGUUUUGUAAAGAAAGCAGUUUACACUGAUGUCAAGAAUUCUGAGAGCAUUUUUAUUAAAACACUUUUUUCUAUUGAUAA